CCAUGGCCUCCUCCGAGCCAGUGGCGGUGAGCGUCGAGGUGGUCCCUGAGCCCAGCAGCAGCGGCGUCCAGUCGGAGCAAGAGCGGCUGCUGCGACGCGGGGAGCUGCUGGCCCUGGGCAACCACCUGAAGGAAGCGCUGGAAGCCUACUCGGCGGCGCUGCGCCUCGGCCCGCCGCCCGCGUCCAGCUCCCGCCGUCGCCUGGGCACGCUGGUCGACUGUCUGGUCCUGCACUACCGCCGCCGCGGCCUGGGGCAGAAAGCAGCUGAGGGAACGAUGGCAGCUGCCGCGGCGCAGCGGGGCGAAGGCGAGGAGGACGACGAGGAAGAGCAGUCGCCCGGAGACGGCACAGUAGCAGCCACCGCGGGGCUUUUCCGCUGCGGUGGCUGCCGAGGCUUCCUGGGCGAGCCGGUGACGGUGCCGUGUGGGCACACCUACUGCCGCCGCUGCCUGCGCGAGGAGCUUCGCGCCCGCUGCCGCCUCUGCGGGGACCCGCUCGGGAGCUGCUCGGUGGCCGUCGUGCUCGGCCACUUGGCGGAGAAGUGGUUCCCGGUGGAGUGCCAGAGGACGCGGACCUGGCGCCGCCUCGGGGACUUGCUUGGCCAAGGGCAGCUCCGGGAGGCUCAGGAAGCCGCCAGCCAGGCCCUCCGAGAGGAUCCCAGUGACUUGAUGCUACAGGUAUAUAGAGCGGAAUCCUAUGCUGGUCUCCAAGAACUCAAAUCAGCCCUAGAUGACCUGAAUGCUGUUGUUGCUAAAAUGCCAAAUUGGCCAGAGGUCUACUUCAGAAGAGCAAAAAUACUUCAUAGUGCUGGCUCAGUAGAUGAUGCCUUACAACUCUCUCUUCACUGCCUAGCCCUUGAUGAAGGAUUUCUUCCAGCAAAGCUAGAAGUAGAGAAGAUACUGUGUGAUCUGCUGUCACCAGAAAAUGUGAGAGAGAGUCUAAAAGAAUCUGCGUUGAAUUCUCCAUAUGUUCGGAAUAAACCGUUUAUUAAUAGCUCUGAAAUGGAAGAAUCUUGUGAUAAUUUGCCGCUUAAUUCAGAGACUGCUUUAGAAAUUCCAAAGGUUACAUCGGAGCCUAUUGGAGGAAAACUACAUCGGACACAGUCUGCCUGUUCUCUUAACUUAACAGAAAACAUUGCCAAAGACGAUGGAUUAAAAAGGGUUUCUUCUGAACCUCUGCUUUCUGUCCAAGAAAGAGGUGCUCUGUUAAAAAGGAAGUUGUCCCUUACAGAACAAGAAGUUACUGUUUGUGAAGAUGGAAGGAAUAAACACAAAAAACAAGGAGAAACUGUAAAAAGGGAUCCUGCCUUUUCACUCUAUUGUGGAGUCAUUCCAGAGGAUUUGAUUGAUGCAUCAGAUUUUGAAUGUUCUCUGUGUAUGAGACUUCUCUUUCAUCCUGUGACAACUCCCUGUGGCCAUACUUUCUGCAAGAACUGUUUAGAGCGUUCUUUGGACUAUACGCCUCAGUGUCCUCUCUGUAAAGACAGCUUAAAAGAGUAUCUGGCAAGUAGGAAAUAUAAUAUUACACAGCUGUUGGAAGAACUAAUAGUGAAGUAUUUGCCUGCUGAGUUAUCUGAGAGGAAAAUAAUUCAUGAUGAAGAAACAACUGAAUACUCAAGCUUGACUAAGAAUGUUCCAGUCUUUGUUUGCACUAUGGCCUACCCGACUGUGCCUUGCCCCCUCCAUGUGUUUGAGCCAAGAUAUCGACUGAUGAUUCGAAGGAGUAUAGAAACGGGGACUAAACAAUUUGGGAUGUGCAUCAGUGAUCCACAGAAUGGUUUUUCAGAUUAUGGUUGCAUGCUAUACAUUAGAAAUCUUGACUAUCUGCCAGAUGGGCGGUCUGUUGUUGAUACAGUUGGAUUAAAGAGAUUCAGAGUUCUGCGAAGAGGGAUAAAAGAUGGCUAUUGCACUGCAGAUAUUGAGUAUUUGGAAGAUACAAAGGUUGAAAAUGAAGGUGAAAUGAAGAAACUCAGAGAGCUCCAUGACGUUGUGUACAGCCAGGCUUGCAGCUGGUUCCAAAGCUUAAGAAACAGAUUUCGUAGCCAAAUACUCCAUCACUUUGGUCCAAUGCCAGAGAGGGAGGAAAACCUACAGGAAAUGGCUAAUGGACCUGCUUGGUGUUGGUGGCUUCUAGCCGUCCUCCCCGUGGAUCCUAGAUAUCAGCUCUCGGUGCUGUCUAUGAAGUCUUUGAAAGAACGUCUGAAAAAAAUUCAAGAUAUAUUGACAUACUUCUCUAGAGACUAGUCAAAAUGACUAACUGCCUGGAUCUUCCUGAAAUAUUAACCUAUUCUAGCUGUAACUACAGCUGGAGUUAUUACAGCAUUUGCACUUUUAGCGCUGGUUUGAGAACUAUAUCAGAACUGCUUUUCUUAUUUUCUUGUAUUGAUUAGUUCUUCACAUGGAGCCCUUCAGCUUGAAGGAUACCACUAAACUGCACGCAGAAAAAUCAAUCCAGCAACAAAAUAAGUGGAAAAGUUCUACUUUAUUUGCACUAUAUACAAAUGAGAAUGUAUCAUUUGAGUUUUUCCACUAAUGGUGGAAGGUGCAGGAUUUUCAGUUGUUUACAAUAUUAAGGAUACAUUCAAAAUCUUGCAAUUCAGAGUGCCUCAGAUGCAACACCUGUUGCUUGUUUGCACAAAUAUUUAAAAUAUAGUAUUGAAUGUUGCUGUAGGAGACUUCUGUUUUGUGAGUGUCUUAAUUAUAAAUAUGGCACAACUAUUUUUUGCAUACUUUCAUAAUAAUUGUAUGAAUUUUGGAGCCAUGUUCAAGAACAGUUCAGCCAAGAAGCUGCUGAAACUGUGAACACAUUACCUAUAACUGUGCUUUGUGAGAAGAACUGGGGUUGGACAUAGUUGAGUACUAGUGUGUGCUCUUCAGAGUGGCUGAUCUUCUGAGCACUUAAGAAGUCUCCAGUGCAUAACACAAAUUCAAUAUAGCAACGAACCCUUAACUCUUGUACAUACUGCCCAGAGAGAAACUUUCAAACUUGCAGAUUUGAAAAUAUGAACAAUCACAAUUUCUUUUAGAUGGCCACAGCUGAUCCAUUGGACCUGUUCACCAUGAUAUAGCAGGAAACGGAUGUGAAAGUCUGGGAACUACUGAAGCACUAUUUUAAAAAUAUCUAUAUAUAAGGGUUUUACCAGCUUUUAAAAAGUUCAAAAACACUUCCAUGUGGUGUUCAUAUCAACAUAAUCACACUGCAGUACAAAGGUUAGCAUUCUGCUUGCCAGUAGGUACUUUUGUAACUUUUAGUUUGUGGGUGUCUGUCUUCUAUGUGAAUCAUUUUUGUAAAAUAUUUCUUUUUAAAAAAUAAUCGUGCUUUUGCUAAUAUUUUCAAUAAACCUAAAACUUUUUUUAACUUAAA